AAAAAUAAAAUAGAAUAGAACUAUUAUAGAAGAAUUAAUCCUACCUUUCCCAAAGUUCAGACUUCUGACUUAUACUCACUCUUUUAAUUUCUACAUAUACGUAAUAACUACGCACCAUAAAAAUAUUAAUGAAAAGUAACAAUUUUUAAAGAAAAUUGAAAAAUAAAAAUAACAAAAUAGAAAAUAAAUAUUAUUAUUUUGCUGCCUUUUCCGGAUCUUGUCUAAUACUCCAUAUACAAACACUUGAGAAUCUAGGGUUCUAUUUAUAUUUAUAGAUUGAUUUUCCGUUAGUAUUAAUUUCCCAACUAAACAUAAUAACUACCCUAGGCUCCCCAAUUAGAAUUACCAGAAAUAGGAAAGGAAGAAGAAAUAAAAUCAAUUAGAGAAACUAAAACGGAAGGGAAAGAAAUAAUAAAGAAAGUGGAUCGAACGUAAAAGGAAAAUAAACCAUGCAAUGCAGAUAUUAUACCUUACACUACAUUAUUGCAUUUUCCUUCUACGUGUUUGUGCAUUAAAUAUUUACAUGAACUUACCAUAUGGGGAACUUGUUGAUCAACUUUAAAUUCGAACGGAUCCAUAAAAACAAUUUCAACAAAAAAGUAUAAGUUUGUGAAAGAAAGAAAGACUCAAAGGAUUAAUCAUGAAUGGUUUCAUGGAUAAUCGCAACAAACCCCUUCGUGUUUUGAUGUUUCCAUGGUUGGGUUAUGGUCACAUUUCUCCUUUUCUAGAGUUAGCCAAAAAGCUUAGCCAAAGAAACUUUGUUAUUUACUUGUGUUCUACGCCAGUAAUUCUGAAAUCUAUAAAAAAAAAACUUAGUCCGAAAUUUUCAUCAUCUAUCCAGUUGUUGGAACUUCAUCUCCAAACAUUACCAAAUCUUCCUCCUUGCCACCACACCACCAAUGGCCUCCCACCCCAUCUCAUGAACACUCUCAAAGAAGCUUUUGACUUAGCUAGUCCUGAUUUUACCCUAAUCUUGAAAACCCUAAAACCCGAUUUAUUGAUUUAUGAUUUUCUCCAAUCAUGGGCUCCUAAGGCUGCUGCUGAAUUAAAAAUCCCCGCUGUUGAGUUUAUUAGUAGCAGCUCCACAAUGACCGCUUAUAUGUUGCAUGUGUUCAACAAGCCAGGUGUAAAAUUCCCAUUCUCCUCUAUUUAUUACCGCGAUUAUGAGAUGGCUCGUAUUGAUAAACAAGAAUCAUCUAUGCCUGUUGAAAAGCUUGAAGAAGAUAAAAGGCAAGUUAGAGAAUGUUUCUACCUAUCUUGUGAUAUUGUUUUGAUAAAAAGUUUUAAGGAGAUUGAGGGUAAGUAUAGUGAUUAUAUCACUAAUUUAACCGGAAAAAAAGUUGUACCUCUUGGUCCUUUAGUUCAAGAACCUAGCCUUGAUGAUGGUGAAUCAGAGUUAAUAACAUGGUUGAAUAAAAAAGAGAAGAAAUCCACAAUUUUUGUAUCUUUUGGAAGUGAAUAUUUUUUGUCAAAGGAAGAUUUGCUAGAGAUUGCUUAUGGGUUGGAAAAUAGUAAGGUGAAUUUUAUAUGGCCAAUAAGGUUCCAAAAGGGGGAAAAUCUUGAACUUGAAGAGGCAUUGCCUAAAGGGUUUUUCAAUAGGGUAGGGAAUAGGGGAAAAGUUUUUAAUGGAUGGGCCCCACAAGCAAAAAUCUUAGAACAUUCGAGUAUCGGUGGAUUUGUGAGUCAUUGUGGGUGGAGUUCUGUAAUGGAAAGCAUGAAAUAUGGGGUUCCAAUCAUUGCAAUGCCUAUGCAUAUUGAUCAACCAAUUAAUUCUAGGCUUGUUGAAGAUGUCGGCAUUGCUGUGGAAGUUGUGAGGGAUAGUAAUGGAAAGCUUCAUAGAGAGGAAGUUGCAGCCAUAAUCAACCAAGUUGUGCUUGACAAGGAUGGUGAAUUUGUAAGGCAAAAGGCAAAGGACAUGAAGGAAAUGCUUUGUUCCAAAGGAGAUGAAGAAAUUGAAGAAGUUGCCAAGGAGUUGGAAAAGUUAUGUGCUUAAGAAAUUCUAGUAGUAUUUUUUUUAUUUAGAUGCUUAUAUUAUUAUAGUAUAGUAGCUAGGGUACUUUUGUUCCUCUUUUUGUUAGGAUCAAAUCUUACUUGUAGUCUUUGAAUUUCAGUUGUCUACUUGUUCUUCUUUUACAAGUUGGACAUCUUAUUGACUUGUUAUAAAAUUAGUCUUAUAUUUCUUUUUUAUUUAAUUUCAUGAUCAACAAUAUGACCAUUUAAAAGAUAAACUUCUCGGUUAUGCAUAAUUUUGUUUCGUUCCAAUUUAUUUGAUUUAAUUUGUGUUAGCAUGGAGACUCUAGGGGCUAGUUUGCAUUAUAUGUUAGAUUUUGUGGCAGAAGAUUAAAUAAGAGUAGAAAAAAAUAAAAAGAUUAUUUUUUGCAAGACUAUAAUGCUAAAUUUAGAUGAAAUCAUGUGAACGCGGAACGACAUACCU